CGGGAGCUGAUGAGGAACCGAGCCUUUCUACCUUCCUCAGCGGCGCGGGCGCGUCGGCUCGGACCGCAGAGACGCGCUGAGCUCGGCCGCGCUGUCCGUUCAGCCCCGGCGUGUUUAAACCCGCUGGUGCAGCAGGUGGCGCUACAGUCAGCUGGUCCAGCCUGCUGUACGACGAAGAAACGAUGCCAUGAGUCCGCGUGUGGUCCGCGUGUGCGUCGUCUGACCAGAGGACGGUUUUCCGGCCCCCAGAGCGGCUGGCCUUCACUGCGGGCAGUGGCCGGACAGGGUCGUCCGCGAACUUACAGCCGAGAUACUUCAGUCAAACGAGGAGGCUUCGCCAGCUCGCUCGCAUCUUCCCGUUCCACCUUAAAAGGAACAGCAGUUACAUUCUAGCGUUUCAUCAUUUAAGGUGGAACGGUUUCGGUCAAGCCUGCCAGCCUUUAGCACUGACCGUACCGGUGUGGUGUCCGUCCCCUGUGUGACUCCGAGCUGACCGGGUUCUGUGUAACCGGGUCUCCACUAACAUGUUCGCCGAGGAGGAGGAGUGGGCGGACGGCCAGUCGGCUGAAGAACCGGACCCUCCUGCUGGACUGAAGAGUAAGGCAGUCGUUGGGCAGACCAAGGCGAUCAGCAAGCGCUGCCUUAGGCAAACUCUCCGGACCUUGGGGUCAGUGCCAAACUGGGACGGUAUAAGAGAUCCUGACAGCAGUGAUGAGGAAGUGGAGAAAGCACCUGCGCCCGGACAUAAAAAGAAGAAAAAGCCCAAAAAACGGAAGAAAAUCUCUGGUGCUGUUACUGAAGGAGAGCAGCCUGAGGAAGUGGAGGCCUCAGAAACGCGCGUGAAGAAGCGAAAGACAAAGCUAAAACCAAAGCAACAAGGUUCCAGGACUUCCCAUGAGUCGGGAGGAGAUGUGAAUGCUGAAGGACCACAGAAAGGCAGUGAAGACACCACAGAGAACAAGCUGACUCGCAAACAGUGGAGGAACAAAGUGAAGAGCAAAAGACGGUGCAAGAAUAAAUACCGUCAGAAUCCAAACGGAGUUGCGAUGGUUAGAGAGAAUGAAGAGAAGUUGGAGCGAAUACAAGCGUCCUCAGAAGAGGAGAAAAAACCUGAUGAGCGGUCAUCUGCGAAAAUGAUGUCCAGACAGAAUAGUGACUCUGUUGUCCCUGUAAAUCCACAGACUCUUGAGAAAGACAAGGCCACAAAAAUAAAGAAAAAGAAGAGGAAAGAUGAAGAACGCGUGGGAGAGGAGUCCGUCUGCAAACAGCCCAGUACAGCAAAUACAGAACAAGGUGAGAAACAAAAGCCAGUCAAACAGGAUGAAGAUUCUCAGGCCCCCACACAGAAGUUAAAGGGCCAGGUCACUGACGGCAGCGCGGAAUUAACAGACGACAAACGAGAAAGAAGUAAAGAGGAGAGGAAGAGUUCUACCGACCGCUCCACUGCACUAAGGGCACGGAUGGAGAAGCGAUUAGAAUCCGCUCGAUUCCGCUACAUCAACGAACUGCUCUACACCUCGACCAGCGGUGAGGCCAAACGCAUGUUUAAGCAGGAUCCUGACGCCAUUGGGAUUUACCACAAGGGCUACACAGAACAAGUGAGACGCUGGCCUGCGAACCCUGUGGACUCCGUCAUCUCCUACAUUCGACAGAAACCAGCAUCUUUGGUUGUAGCCGACUUCGGCUGUGGAGACUGCAAGAUCGCACUGAGUGUAAAGAAUAAAGUGCACUGCUUUGAUUUGGCCCCUGUCUGUGACCUGGUCACUGCCUGUGAUAUGGCCCACGUACCACUUGCAGAUUCCACAGUGGAUAUUGCCGUCUUCUGUCUCUCCCUCAUGGGGACCAACCUUGGUGACUUUUUGGCCGAGGCAAACAGAGUCCUGGUGGAUGGGGGUGUUCUCAAAAUUGCAGAAGUUGCGAGCAGGUUUGAAGAUAUACGCCCAUUCGUUGGAGCACUGUCACGUCUGGGCUUUAAGCUGGUCAGUAAGGACACAGAAAACACCCACUUCUACUGCUUUGAGUUUAUCAAGAUACAAAAUGCUCCAGAUAACGUGAAGAAAAUAGGACUUCAACUCAAACCCUGUCUGUACAAGAAACGAUAGGUUACACUGAAAACUAGGAUGCAGACAGAACAGGGAGCACAAACAAAAGGCCGCGGUGAGGUCAUGUGAGAUGCACAGUGUGACGAUACGUAGAAAAUAAUGCUUCCAUUUUGCGUAAAUGUUCUAAGGCUGGCCCGAACGAUUCGCCAGAAUACGAAGUUUGUUCAAACCGCUACGAGUUCUGUAAAUUCAUCAGACUGAGAUUAAAGUCAUUUGUGUGUUUCCCAUUAUGUGUAUUUUUAAAACUGACUUUUAAAGCAAUGUUUUGAACUUUGGUAAGAUGUUAAGCAUCGUGGUUUAUGUAAACUUUGAUUAAACUUUUAUGUAAAA